CAACUUCUUGUUGACACCAAUAUUCUCUAUCCAAAUCACUAUUUGGAUUCUUUCUAGCACUUAAGGCUAUGGAAAAAAAUACAAAUUACAUCUUGUUGAAUAAUUUUGCGACCCACUGUAUGUUAGCGUCUAAUCUUGGAUUUACUUACGACUGAAUCUAUGCAGUUGUCCUCUUUCGACUUCAAUGAUCUGAUACUAUGAAGUGUUCUUAUGAAAAUCGUAUCUAUAUGGGCAAAGUUUCAAAUGAAAAUUCGAAAAUACGGGAUUUUCGACAACCUGUAGUCUCUAGAAAAAAAAAAUUUGUCAGCUUAGUCAAAUCUUAACAGAAACCUGAAUCAUUUUAUGAUUUUUUUAUAAGGAGACUUUGUAGUAUCAAAUCAUUGAAAUCGAAAGAAGACAACUGAAGAAGUUCUCUCGUUAGAGGAAUUUCGGACAUAAGAUUGAAUACAUUCUUCAAUAAUCGAAAUGAAGAGAAAGUUCAUGCUCAAACUCGAAUAAUUCUAUAGAUUAAUGUCAUAUUCGGAUUUUUAUUGAUGAAUUGAAAAGAAUCAAUAGCAGUUCAAUUUAGGGUAUAAUUUCUUGUGAAAUAAUUCUUCUUUAUAGAAUACUUAAUCAUUUAUAAAUAAAAUUUCAUUUUAGGUUCAACUAUUGAAAUGCUUCGUUCGGAUAAUAUUCAUAUUCGUUCACAAUUAUCUGCAACACAACGUAGAAUGUUACAAGAAAAACAACAAGUUAUGGAUUAUCUACGUCAAAUUGAAAAUGAUCUUAUUGAAAAAGAACAAAUAAAACAACGUGAAUCUAUUUUACGUAAAGAUUAUGAAAAAUUACAAUUAACACAUAAACAAGAUAGACAAGAUAUUGAUAAAUUCAAUCUACAAAUAAAUCAACAAAAACAAAAAUUAGACCAAUUACAACAAGAACGUUUACAAGUAUUAAAC